AUGAAGGCUGCACAAGUUACUUUCCUGUCCAUGCUGGCCGUGGCAUCGGCCCUUGUCGACCACAAGGUCGCUGUUCGCGGCGCUGCUGCUGCCCAGUACCCAGAAAGCUGUGUCCUGACCACCACUCUGGCGCCCAUCACUGUGACGCUGCCAUGCUCGUCGCCUUCACGCAUCACCACGGUCCCGCAGCCCACUGUUUACGUGUACACAACCGUAUACGAGGCCCUCUGCUCUACGGGCGUCACGGAAAAGACCUACACUAUCACCAAGACCUGCGACUCCGCGCCCUGCACGUGCACGGCCGGCGAGAUCCCCUCGGGCUUCACUGUGACCGUCACCACCUGCACCGAGUGCGGCAAGCAGCCCGUGACCGCCACGGUUACGUGCCCCGGUAAUGCGUAUGCCACGGCAGGUGCCUGGGCUUCAGCGGGCGCCAACGCCUGGGCCUCGUCUGGUGCGUCGUCCGGCCCUGGCUGGUCGUCUGGCUCCGGCUCUGGCUCCGGCUCUGGCUCCGGUUCUGGCUCUGGUUCUGGCUCGGGUGCUUCUGCCAAUGCUGGCGCUGGGGCCAGCGCUAACGCUGGUGGCUCCUCUGGCUCUGCUUCGGCCAAUGCCAAUGCCAAUGCCAACGCUGGCUCUGGCGGUUCAGGCUCAUCCAGCUCCGCGUCUGCCAACGCCAAUGCUAAUGCCAAUGGCGGUGGCUCGGGCGGCUCUAGCUCGUCUGCUUCGGGCAACGCCAACGCCAACGCGCACUCUGGCUCUGGCUCUGGCUUUGGUUCUGGUUCUGGUUCUGGUUCUGGUUCUGGUUCUGGUUCUGGCUCUAGCUCCGGUUCUGGCUCUGGCACUAGUGCAGGAAACCACACGACGUCUAUUCCUCGCCCUUCGCCGUCGGUAGUAGUCGUAAGCUCCGGCAUCAAGACAGUUGCAUCACUCGGCGUUGGCUCCCUUCUGUUUUUGGUCGGCGCUCUUUGGCUAUGA